AUGGACCUUCUCAACCACCUCCAAGAUCUCUCUCUCCCUCCCCUUAAACCCUUCCUCACCGUCGGUUUACCCGUCAUCUUCGGCACCCUCCUCAUCCGCUCCCGCUUCCCCCUCGAUCCAGCGUAUCACACAGAACCUGCCGUCUCACCGCGUGUGACGCUGACUAAGGAGGAACGGGAUGCGUCGCCGUACCCGGAGAACUUCUUUGAGGGGGGCAGGUAUGUUGAGACACCGUAUGGGACGAUUAGGACGUAUGAGUUUGGUAACGCGGAAGGUCCAAGGAUUCUGUUGAUCCAUGGUAUCACUUCACCAUCACCCUGUUUCCAUGCCUUAGCAAUGGAACUCGCUCCCACCCACCGAAUCCUUACCCUCGACCUCCCCGGCCGCGGGUACUCCGACGCACCCAUAGACCUCCCCUACGACGAUCGUUUCUACACUUCAAUCAUCCUCAAUGUCCUUACAUCCGUCGGGUGGGUCUCAUCCACAAACAACGAUGCGAAGGAUCCAAUCUCGGUGCUGGGAUACUCGAUGGGCGGACCCAUCGCCACUGCGCUGGUCCGGUUCAUGCCACAACUGUUCACCAACCCCUCCACCGGCACCACCGGAAAACUCAUCCUCGUCGCCCCCGCCGGACUCUUACACCGAAAAUCCCUCUCCCUCUUUUCCCGACUCGCGAUCAGCUCUUUAUUGCCUGUUGCGGCCGUCACCGCAAUCCAACGAUUCUUCCGUCUUCGCUAUCCCCAGAAAGUCGAGGAAUCCCGCUUGUUGCACCCACGGACCCUCAAAGAAAAGCAAGAUGCGGCUGAUGCGUAUAGAGAGGAUGAGGAUAAGUGGUGGGACAUCGACGCAAUCUCAUACUUCCAAUCACUCACCCAUAGCGGGUUCGCACGCGCGUUCACGUCCUCCUACCGCCAUGCUCCGCUCUUUAACCAACACGACCGUCUUUUCCGACAUCCCAAUAUCCAGAACCCUAAGCUCAAGGUAUUGUCGAUCUGGGGAGCAGAGGAUGCGAUUGUGCCACUAAAGAGUGCGGAGGAGAUGAGGGAAUGUGUGCCCAAGGCCGGGGUGUUGGUAUUUGAGGGGGCGGGGCAUGAUGUUGUUAGGAGUCGGGCGAGAGAGAUGACGCCGGUUGUGAAGAGAUUCCUUGAUGGGGAGGAGGUUGCGGGAGGUGAGGUGGAGGGUGCGAGGUGGAUGGAGUAG